AUGUCUAAGGUCCUAGAAGACGAAGCAAACAUUGGUUUGCUGCCCAGCCUCUCACAGCCUUCAGCAGCCUCGGUUUCAUCCGACACGGUCUGCGGCUCAGUCGAGAAUGAUCACGAAUUCAUCAAGGAAGAUGAGGCACUGCUGAACGAAAAGGAGCUGCUGGAGUCCAAGCACUACGUUGAAACAGAGCCGAGAAAAUGCAGGCUGCCCAAGGUGGUUUUGCUCUGGGGUUUCUUCUUCGCUCUUGCGGCGUUCAGUUUCCUGGCCUACUGGCUCCUGCCACUCAAGAUGAACCGCACACCAACCUUCCACCCCGUAUUUGGCGACUGCGGGAAGACGCCCGACGACGCAAGGGCAAAGGGCUGCGUGUACGAUCCCCUCGCCGUCACCUGGGUCCGACCAGAAUGCUACUAUCCCGAGCUGAUUAACGAGUUCAUUGACAUGGAACCUGUGGCGUUCUACCACGACAAGUCGCUCAGCAAGCAAUCCCAGGUGCCCAAGGAAGAAGUCAUUCAAGCCAUACACGAGCAAGUGUGGGCGCCGCACAAGUUCCACUCUGUUCAUUGUGCCCAUGUGGUCAAGAAGGUGCAUCACGCCCUCAUGAACCAUCUUCCCAUCGACAGCUUCUCAUUGAACUACGCCCACACGGAGCACUGCCAGCUGGUGUUACUUGAAGAGCUGCCUCAGUGUGCUAAGCCCGGUAGCUGUCGAUUAAACAAUGUCAUUCAGAAAUACAGUUCUUGCGGAUACGUGUAUUAG